ACCAGAAAGUUCAGAACCAUCCAUUGUUAGGUUCACAUACAGGAGGAUUUCAGACGUCUUUUUGGUAGAUUUUAGGAUUGAAUUAUGUCUUCCCCAUCGCCAGGGAAAAGACGGAUGGAUACAGAUGUUAUUAAGCUAAUCGAAGGCAAGCACGAAGUAACGAUUCUUGGUGGACUGAAUGAAUUCAUCGUGAAGUUCUUUGGACCUGCUGGAACUCUCUAUGAAGGAGGAGUAUGGAAAGUUAGAGUGGAUUUACCUGAAAAAUACCCUUUCAAAUCACCAUCUAUUGGAUUUGUGAAUAAGAUUUACCACCCUAACAUAGAUGAAGCUUCUGGUACAGUAUGUCUAGACGUUAUCAAUCAGGCAUGGACUGCAUUAUAUGAUUUAUCCAACAUUUUUGAGUCGUUUUUGCCUCAGUUGUUAUCUUAUCCAAAUCCUGUGGAUCCUUUAAAUGGAGAUGCUGCAGCAUUGUACCUUCAUAAACCAGAACAAUACAAAAUUAAAAUACAAGAAUAUAUUAGGAAAUACGCUACAGAAGAAGCUCUAAAAGAACAAGAAGAGCUCUCCUCUUCCAGUGACAGUUCCAUUAGUGACUUUUCCGAAGACGAAGCACAAGACAUGGAGCUAUGACACAACACUUCUUGUUUUUAUAUUCUACAGAUUCUACAGAUUUCCCAUGGAAGUUUUGCCAUUCACGAUAUGUACAUACUGCUAUAUCAUAUUGAGAAGGUUUUUUUUGGUGUUGUUUAAUUUGUUUCGUCGUAUUUAUCAUGCUUUAGAUCAACCGUAAUCAAAUACUUGAUUAAUCUCUUUUUUAAUUCAAAUGGUUUUGGAAUUUGGUUGGAAAUACCGGGUGUAGAGCCUGGUGCAAGCUCAGUAAGUGCUGAUAAUAUUAUUAUUAUCUUAGAUGUAUUAAUAAUUAUUAUUAUUGGGUGUGGAAGUUGUUGCUCAUGCAAUGCAUUAUCUAGGGUUUAGACACACAAUUCAUUGUGGUAUGCAGCGCUUUUGUUGAUGUAAAGUACAAAAUUGCAACAACAACGGUAGCAACAACAGCAGCAGCAACGAAAACAGUAACAACGGAAACGGUAACAAUAAUAACUAGAAAAACAACAGCAGCAUCGACUUUAUGAAUAUAGCAGCAACAACAAAAACAUUAAUAAGGAAAGCAACAGCAGAAGCAACGACUACAGCAGUAGCAGCAACAAUAUGAACAGCAACAACGAAGACAAUGAUGGUGAUGAUGAUGAUGAUGACAACAGCAACAACAAUAACAACAGCAGCAGCGGUAUCCACAAAUAACAACAAAUAGUACCAAAUAAUACACGACAGGAGUGAGAACGAUAGCAACAACUACAAAGUACUAACAUUGCAAAAUUUAACUUUCAUUGUGUACGUUUACGGCAUUCCUUUUUUCUUGAUAGCUGCAGCAACAUUGGAUUGUGUGUCUAAAAUAAGACAUCAGAUUUCCCAUCAAAUGCGGCUUUUCGUGGUCUUGUUGCAUAUGAGUGCGAACAAAGUAACGGGAUUUAGAGUGGUGGUGAUCAUUGGUGUCUGUGUUUUUAAUAAAAUUAACUAUUAUACAUAUAUAUUCUAUUUUUAUUCUAAUCUUUAACGGACGUUUUGAGUGUAGCUAUUAAAAUUAUGUACGCAUGGCUGAUAUGAUCGAAAGAGUAUCCCUCUUCCCUUCAUCACUGACCUCUCGACCCAUCUUAGGAAUCUCACCACAUUACUACACCUCCCCUCCCCUCACCUCCCCGUUAAAAAAGACUUGCUCGAUCGUCCAAGAUGUAUUUAGGAAAUCACAUCAGCCAAGUCUACAUGUGUAGUGCUGUCUAAGUUAUUGCAAUAAACCCGUAUGACGUGACGCCAAAUGGUGUAAACACUGAUCGACAGUAAUAUAUUUUACUGAUAGCGGGUUCGUUGUAAUCACUUUCCUUUUGUUUAUAGAACGGCACUGAUCACGAAGCAGGAGUUGAAAACCUAAGAUACUACUAGCAGUAGACCACGUUUGAUGCUAGGAAUAGUGUCGUAGGACUGUGGGAACGUACGGAAUUGAAGCCAAGGCUUAGGCAAAAUCAACCUCUUUACUGAUACGGCGGCCAUCUUGAAUUAUGGGAUACCGAGGGGAGCAAACACGUAGAAAACUUAUUAAACAUAGAGCGGCAGGGCUACGUUUUCCAAUAGUUAUAAGUUUUGGAGUGGCACAUAUUGUUCACACUACCAGCAAAUUAAAUAGCUUUUUAGAUGUGCUUAUCAUCGAAAAGCGUAAAGUUAUAUUUAAAAUUAAAAGACGUCUUCAGCUGUCCAGUCUAUAAUUUUCCAAUAGUUUCCAAUGGCUUUUCCUCAGCAUCCCAUACUGUCUUUAUUAAAACAAUAGAAUUCAAGAUGGCCGCCGUAUGGGUAAAAAGGUCUAUAAACCGUUUUCUCAAGGUUGCGUGCGCAUCCAAAUUUAAGGGACUUGACGGGUCACGAUACCAGAAUACUAGUAUUAUGAUGCAUUGCUAUGAAUUUUUUUUUCGAUAAUUCAUAAAAUUAUUCUCCUGUCUAAAAUAUAAAACUGUCUUCUCGAUUUUACUGGAUUUGCGUUUUUCAGUUUUGUGGCCCGUCAAGUUGGAUGCGCACGCAGCCUUGAGAAAACGGUCUAUUGGUUUGAAAAAUGUCACCUAUGGAACUCUAUCAGUGUGAGGGCCGUGAUUUUUCACACUCUUACGACACCUCCUAUAUAUAGUACAAGAUCGACUGGAACACUAAUAUUGUACCAUCGUGUCCAGUUUAGUUGCGUUCCUGUUUUUCUAAGUGCUCGGCAUUAAACUUGGUCAACUGCAAUUCUAUUGUAAAUAUAAUUUAUGAGCUAAGUCAUCACUUGGCUAGUGGUAUAAGGUUUAUAGCGUCGAUCAUAUAUAUAGAUAAAUUUGAAUAAAGCUAAAAUGAAUCAACAAAG